ACUUAACACAGGAGUACAUAUUGCAAAUGGUCGCAAUGACUAAACGCUUUUAAAAUGCGUAUGGUAAUUCAGAACGCCAGUGUGGACUCCUCAAGUCAUUCACUUCUGCCGUUUUUGGGACAGUCAGAGCGGUAUUUCCCUCGCUCUAGGCGUUGUUUUACACGCGAGGACCAACUCCCUCUCAUUGGAUUUGGUGGUUGCACGGGAAUCUUUCUUCAAUCACUACAGUACACCGCCAUGGACUUGGAUGAGAGUAAACCAAGAACAUAGCGUUAUACACACUGGUUUUGUUGGAGACUGAGGACUGGGUGAAAACAAAGCGCCCCGCUGUUCCGAGAGCUAUUUUGGGUCACCGCAUUGCUUUCACUCUGAAGACAGCCGCGUAACAGGAACGGAACUGCAGCCCGUAGUAUUGGAACCAUCGUACAUCGGACACUACAUUUCGCGCAUUAAUGACCACUUUUGUCAAGCUUUUCCAUGGCUCAGAGAUCAGAGUUUUGCCAAGACAUUACUAAGGGAGUAACAACAAAGGAAGAUGCCAUUUUCUAAUGUGUAGGAAUAGACAUGACUGAGCAAAUGCUUCGAGCGCAGGUGGAUAGAUAGGUGCUACAUUGUCUCACACGAAGCUAACAAAGAAAAGACGGCCAACAAUAUUGUUGCAGGUCUUGUUUUUUUACCAGCAUGUGAAACUUCCUGAAUGAACCGGACUUGAAUUAAAUUUCGGCGGUAUUAUAAUGCUUGUCAAUUUAUUGAUACUUCGGUGGAUUAUUUUGUAUUGCCCAUUGUGCUAAAACUGCUUUGUCGUUUUUCUUUUGAGUUUGAUUUACAUCGACCGCAGACAUGCCGGGAGCUCUCCCCUCCUCCCAAGCCCUGUACAUCGGGAUGGAGGUGAUAAUUGCUGUGUCCUCUGUCAUCGGAAACGUGAUGGUGGUAUGGGCUGUAAAAAUUAACAAGUCGUUAAGAGACACCACGUUCUGUUUCAUCGUUUCGCUGGCCCUGGCUGACAUUGCGGUGGGGGCUCUGGUCAUACCGCUGGCCAUAACCAUCAGCAUCGGACUCCAAACUCACUUCUACAGCUGUCUUAUGGUGGCAUGCACGGUACUGGUCCUGACGCAAAGUUCCAUCCUCGCCCUCCUGGCAAUAGCGAUUGACCGCUAUUUAAGAGUCAAGAUACCAACCAGCUACAAGCGGGUGGUGACGCAGCGUCGUGCUGGCGUGGCGGUGGUGGUGUGCUGGACUGUGGCCUUCCUGGUGGGCCUCACGCCUAUGCUGGGCUGGAACAACCUGCAAAACCUGCGUCGGCGCAGCAACGGCUCCCUGAGCGACGAUCUGGUCAUCACCUGCCAGUUCGAGAACGUCAUCAGCAUGGACUACAUGGUCUACUUCAACUUCUUCGGCUGGGUGCUGCCACCCCUGGUGCUGAUGCUGGCCAUCUACACUGAGAUCUUCUACAUGAUCCACAAGCAGCUCAACAAGAAGGUGACCACCAGCCACACCGACCCCAACAAGUACUACGACAAGGAGCUGAAGCUGGCCAAGUCGCUGGCACUCGUGCUCUUCCUGUUUGCCGUCAGCUGGCUGCCACUGCACAUCAUGAACUGCAUCACUCUCUUCUGCCCGGGGUGCCACAAGCCCAUGUACCUCAUCUACAUCGCCAUCCUGCUGACGCACGGCAACUCGGCCGUCAACCCCAUCGUCUAUGCCUUCCGCAUCAAGAAGUUCCGCACCGCCUUCCUCAAGAUCUGGAAGCAGUACUUCUGUUGCAAGCAGGCGCCGCCUAUAGAGAGUCACCCCAGCGACAGGCUGAAGAACCACGAGGUGUCUGUGGCGCCGCCCUCGUCACUGCCUCCGCCCGAGACACUGCCCGCCCUGACGGAGCCUGACCCGACACCACCUCAGAAUGGUCCAGAACCAGGACAGCCGCUGGAACAGAACAACGUCUGAUCCAGUAUAUGAGCCUCUAGACAGACAAACAAUAAGACAGUGCCAUGAAUAUAAACACACAUACAAACACACAGUCUUACCAGAGAAUGUCUA